AUGACAGACUACAACAAAGAAACCGUCGCAAAGCUGCGCCAAGUGCUCAAAGACAGAAAUAUUCCGAGCACGGGGUUGACGAGGAAGGCGCAGAUCAUCGAGAAGCUUGAGGAGUGGGAUGUAGAGAAUGCGAACGAAGGAGAGACUGAGAACGCGCCGGCCGCUGCGCAGGCUGAGGAGGAAGAGGCAGCAGGUACGUCGGAGGCGCGCGUGUACGCGCGCCAGAGGCUGCACAAGAAGACCCUGCAUCAGACGCUCAGAGAAAAAGAUGCUGCGGCUAGCGCGUCUCAGGAAGAUGCGCAACCCGCUCCAGUAGCAGCAGAGCCCGUGCAAAUACCCACCGAGUCACACGCAACCGACUUCGCAAGACCUACUCAGACACCUUCACCCGCUCCGGACGAAAAGCCGUCAAUAGAGAAGCCAGAGCUGCUUUCUAUAUCCGAGCGAUCAACAACCACGACUGCGGAUCAGUCAAGAUUGAAUACGGAGGAGCUUGAGGCUGACACUAGGAAGCGUAAGAGGAGGAGCCUGACGCCUGAACUAUCAGCGCAGGAAGUACGCGCGAAAAAGCCAAGGCCGAGUGAAGAUGCUGUGCACGUGGUUGCCCCUGCCGUAGACGAAGACACGGUCAUGGACCAGCGGGCACCCGAAGAGGCAGAAAAGGAGCUCGACGAGAAGGCUAUGGAAGAAGAAAAACGCAGUGGGCAACCAGAAGUCGAAUCCAAGAAGUCAGAGACAGACCAUUCGGGGAAGAAAGAGAAAGCGCCCCGCUAUCGCGAACUUCUCGAGCCAACCUCCGAACCACCCUCAGCAGACGCACCGACAGACCUCCCAGACGACCGCUUCAUAACCCCAGCCCUCCACCUCGCAACUCCCUCCCUCUACAUCCGCAACCUCAUGCGCCCCCUCCGCCCAGAACCCCUCCGCGCACAUCUCGUCACCCUCGCUUGUCCUCCCUCCGCAGAUCCAGACCCAGACAUCAUAUCCACCCUCUUUCUCGACAAUAUGAAAACUCACGCCCUCGUCCGCUUCGCCUCCACCACCGCCGCUUCCCGCGUUCGCGCCUCUUUACACGGCACAAUCUGGCCACCCGAGGGAAAUAGGAAAGACCUCUGGGUAGACUUCGUGCCCGACGAGAAAUGCUCUGCGUGGAUCCAGGAAGAAGAAGAUGCCAUGGCUGCGGAGAAGGAAGCGCGGGCUGCAGGUCGACCCAUUCCUGCGAAGAAAUUCGAGGUCGUCUAUGAAGAGAGUGCUGGAGCUGCGGCUUUUAAUCCGCCGAAGGGCCCGCGAAGGGCAAGCCACCAAGUUGCAGCACCUGGAUCAGCGCCUACGCAGGAAACGAGACAGAAUGCCGAGGCGUCAUUCAAAACACUCGACGAGCUGUUCAAUUCCACGGCCACGAAACCCAAACUGUACUUUCUUCCUGUUUCAGAUGAGCGCGCGGAUGCACGGAGGAGGGACCUCGAGGGGGAAACUAGUCGUGAUUGGGCACCUGAAGAGAAGCGCAAGGGUCGCGGUAUCCAGGCGAGUAGGCUCGAUCAGAAGGUUAGGUUUACAUUUGAUGACGAGGACCGUGUGGUCGAAGCGGGUGGGGACUUUGGCCCAUGGACGGAACAAUCAGACUUCAGAGGAGGACGAGGGGGCGGUAGAGGAGGGUUCAGAGGACGUGGAAGGGGUGGCGGGUGGCGAAGCGGGCCUUAG